CCCCCCCCCUCUCUAUCUCUCUUCUCCCCAGUGAUGCUGCUCUGACCAGACUCCGCCGGAGAAAAACAAACCCUAAACCAUCCACAUUCUCAUACACUGACAUGCAGCGGAGAGGGCUGCUGCUGCUGCUGCUUCGUCUUCUCUCCUCUACACACAGAUACACUCUCUCACUCUCCAUCUAAUUACAAACACCCAGCUUGCCUUGCAGUUGAGAGAAGAUCCAGAGGAGGGUUAUGUGAGCGAGGAGCUUCAUCUGCAAGCAUCUGCCUGGAGGACUCCUCCCUCAUCUCUCUUGGUGCUUUUACUCCAGCUCUGCAGCAGCGUGAGACGACCUGCUGUGUGUCACUGCCCAGGGAAUGCUCGGUGGACACCGAGAAGAGGCCCGAACACAAUGAGCAGCCAGGACAAAUGGGUCACACUGACCCCAGCUGAAUUCGCCUUGUUGCAGGAGUACACCCAGUACUCAACCAAGAAGCUGAAGGAUGUGCUUCAGGAGUUCCAUGGAGAUGGUGUGUUGGCUAAAUACAAUCCAGAGGAGAAGCAGGAGAUCCUCUCCCAGGAGAUUGAUUUUGAGGGCUUCAAGGUCUUCAUGCAAACGUUCCUGGAAAGUGAACUCCCCGAGGAAUUCUGUCAACACCUCUUCAUGACGUUUAGCAACAAGGGCCCCAAACCCAGUCCCUCAUCUUCUGACAAACCUAGAGUCUCUGGCCUGAAGCUGAUCAAAGGCAACUCGACCCCUCUGAAGACGCCCGCCCUGCCCAGUCCUCUGGAAACGGUGCAGCUGAAGGACAUUGUUUGUUACCUCUCGUUGCUGGAGGGCGGGCGUCCCGAGGACAAGCUGGAGUUCAUGUUUCGCCUCUAUGACACGGAUGGAAACGGGUCUUUGGACAGCUCGGAGCUAGAGCACAUUAUCUCCCAGAUGAUGCAUGUAGCAGAGUACCUGGAGUGGGAUGUGACAGAGCUGAAACCAAUCCUUCAGGAAAUGAUGCAGGAGAUUGACUACGAUCAUGAUGGCACUGUGUCACUGGGAGAGUGGAUCCAAGGAGGUCUGACCACCAUCCCACUGUUGGUCCUGCUGGGCCUGGAGACGAAUGUAAAAGAUGACGGGCAACAUGUGUGGCGACUGAAGCACUUCAACAAGCCAGCCUAUUGUAACCUGUGUCUCAACAUGCUAAUUGGACUGGGGAAGCAGGGACUCUGCUGCUCGUUCUGCAAGUACACAGUCCAUGAGCGCUGCGUGGCUCGUGCUCCGCUGUCUUGCAUUAAAACCUACGUCAAGUCCAAGAAAAACACAGAGGUAAUGCAUCAUUUCUGGGUGGAAGGGAACUGCCCCACCAAGUGUGACAAGUGUCACAAAACCAUUAAGUGUUACCAGGGCCUGACUGGGCUCCACUGUGUGUGGUGUCAAAUCACGCUCCAUAACAAGUGUGCCUCCCAUGUGAAACCUGAGUGUGAUUGUGGACCCCUGAAGGAUCACAUCCUGCCCCCAAACUCAAUCUGCCCCGUCGUCCUGGAAAGGCAGUCGACACUGAGGAAAGACUCUCGAUCCAGCCAGUCCAGCCGAGGGAAAAUGCAGAGAGCCAACUCGGUGACGGUGGACGGCCAAGGACUGCAGAUCACAACAAUAGAGGGCACUCAUCCUCUGCUAGUGUUUGUCAAUCCAAAGAGCGGGGGGAAGCAGGGAGAGAGGAUUUACAGAAAGUUCCAGUAUCUUCUGAACCCGAGACAAGUGUACAAUCUGGCCAAGAAUGGACCCAUGCCAGGGUUGAACUUCUUCAGAGAUGUUGCUGAUUUUAGAGUGUUGACCUGUGGAGGUGACGGCACUGUGGGCUGGAUCCUGGACUUCAUUGAUAAGGCCAACCUGGACAGGAACCCCCCUGUGUGUAUACUUCCUCUUGGCACUGGCAACGACCUGGCAAGAUGUCUGCGAUGGGGAGGAGGCUAUGAGGGUGAGAGCCUCCUUAAGAUCCUACGGGACAUCGAGAACAGUACGGAGGUGAUGCUGGAUCGCUGGAAGAUUGAUGUCACACCCACAGACAAGGAGGAGCACGGGGACCCAGUGCCUUACAGCAUUAUCAACAACUACUUCUCCAUCGGAGUGGACGCCUCCAUUGCGCAUCGUUUCCAUGUUAUGAGAGAGAAGCACCCUGAGAAGUUUAACAGCAGAACAAAGAAUAAGCUGUGGUACUUUGAGUUCGGCACUUCGGAGACCUUUUCGGCCACAUGUAAGAAGCUCCACGACUUUCUGGAGGUUGAGUGCGAUGGUGUUACUUUGGACCUCAGUAGCAUCUCCUUGGAAGGCAUUGCCAUUCUCAACAUUCCCAGCAUGCACGGCGGCUCCAACCUCUGGGGCGAGAGCAAGAAAAGGAGGGGGAACCGCAAAGGGGGGAAAAAGGGCCAAGACAAAAGGACACCAGUGGUUGACCCCAAAGAACUCAUGUUUGCAGUUCAAGACCUGUCUGACCAGCUCCUGGAGGUCGUGGGGCUGGAAGGAGCCAUGGAGAUGGGUCAGAUCUACACUGGCUUGAAGAGUGCUGGAAGACGUCUGGCACAGUGCUCCUCGGUGACCAUCAGAACCAGUAAAUCACUUCCCAUGCAGAUUGACGGUGAGCCUUGGAUGCAGACUCCCUGCACUAUUGAGAUUGUCCACAAGAACCAGGCUCCCAUGCUAAUGGGGCCUCUGCAAGGACGGAGCUUCUUCUCCUCAGUCAUCAGACGAACACGCACUGAGAGCAAAGACUGAUCUGACACGGUUCAAGACCUUUGCGUCCUCACAAGCACCUGCAGAGUCAGCGGUCACAAGUUGAGCAUUGCUCGGCCCGUUGGUGAACGGGGCCUUUGAUGUCUGUUUGAUAGCCCAGCGUACAGUAGCAAACUGUAGGUUCAGUAUGUGUCGCCUGCAGCAUGGAGAUGUCACUGAGAAGCCCUCAUGCAAUCCAAAAUGAGGCGUGUUUAGCACUGACGCUUUGAUCUACAGUGUGUAGUGUAGUUUAGCUCCAAAAAUACUGAAGCUAUUUCUGGAAGUCCACUUCUCUUCUAUUUUCUAAAAGUCUGUUUUAUUUUUGCUGUUGUGCUCUGUGCCAUGUGGAACAAACCCACAGAUGAAUGUGUUUUGUGAUAUGAUGUAUUUAUUUAUUUAUUCAUAUUUUGCUGCUAUUGAUGUUUUCUAAUGUUUUUUGUUUGUUUGUUUGUUUGUUUUUUGUAUUUGCAUACCCCUGAUGCAUGAUGGGCAGUGAAAGAGGCUGUUGGAACUGACAUAUGUGGAGUUUGCAGCUGAUUUUCCCUAAGUGUUUUAGUAAGAAGUGAAGUUUCUUUGCUCAGCAUUUCUUCUGCGCUUCACUCAUGAAUGGCUUCAAGUAGUGCAAAGACAGAGAACCACAUUUGCUUUCUUUUAACGGUUCCUGCAAGUCAUCCUUGUCAUGCUUUGAUCGGCUGUGUUGCUGCUCCGUCAGUGGAAAGAUUAGGAAUGAUUAUUGAUCAUUCAUUUUAAAAAAUGCAUGACAUUCUUUGUUUUACGUCGCACGAGACAUUUCCAGACAGUUUUACCAGUUGUGUGCACACUUUGUGUUGCAUGAGUGACCAAGAUCUGUUUUGACACUUAUGGAAAUUGAUCAUUUUUGAAUCUACAGAGCUGCUCGGUUUCAACCAUAUCAUCCUUUAUCUAUGAGAUGGCUGCAUUUUUAUGCGACCCUGUGUUUUGUGUACAGGUACUCAGGUACUUCUGAAAUGAAAAACGGUGAAAAGGCAGCAGGAAAGUGUCUGGUAUUCAAUCAAACUGCAUAUUGGUACAGUAACACGCAGUCUGACCUCCUGUGGUCAUUGAUUUGUUCUGAUGUCUACUGUUGAGUGUUUACAGUCCACUGCGCAUACAAGCGUACGUUAACCAGUUAAAGUCUAAAUACAAGAUGACUAUUGACAUAUAUAUAUAGUACAAGCAUGAUUUAAAGAAUCAAUACUGCAAAUCAAUGCCAUUGAAUAAGCAUAAUUCGGAAGCAUUUUAUACCACUCAAGUGUGCACUUGCCAUCUAUGAAAUAAUUCAUAGUGUAGCUUCUGAAAAAUAUUAUUAAAAUGCUUCAUAUUAGUCUCCUUAUACAAAUUAUUGCAGUGUUCUGUGUGGUAUUGGUAGUGACUCAAUGCAUUUCUGCAUUUAUGUACUUACUUUAUUCAGUCACACCAAAGACAAAAACACACAUUUAAAUUUGGGGGAUUUAUUACAGACCUACCAGCAAGAUACACUUGAUAAAUGCAUUGUUUUUACCAGAAAUGCUCUUCUGCAUGAUUUCUGAGAGUAAUUUUAGGCUUGACUGUUUUAGUCUUUAAAAGUGCCAUACGCCAGUGGAGACUGAGGUCUGAGGUGAUGAGUCUCCCGUCUCUUUGCUUUGUAC